GCAAGGCUUCCGGGAUGUGGCGCGGUCUUUAUCUCUCCCUGCUGGAGCUCCGGGCCCCGGGUUCACGCCUCUGUGCCCUCUUACCCUAGAGGUGUGGCCUCUGUGGCCCUGUGACCUGCAGAUACUGGGAGCUGGGACCCCCUGGAAGCUUGGAAAUGGAGACGCUGACAUUUAGGGAUGUGGCCAUAGAAUUCUCUCUGGAGGAGUGGCAAUGCCUGAACCCUGCUCAGCAGAAUUUAUAUAGAAAUGUGAUGUUAGAGAACUACAGAAACCUGGUCUUCUUGGGUAUUGCUGUCUCUAAGCAAAACCCGGUCACCUGUCUGGAGCAAGGAAAAGAGCCCUGGAAUAUGAAGAGAGAUGAGAUCAUAGCCAAACCCACAGGUAGGUGA